GCCUGCAUUGUGGUCAUGUGACAUAGUGACCAAAGGCAACAACAAAUAUGGAGGUGUCUCCGUUCAGCCUUUCUCCAGAGAGAUAUUGGACUGAGGAGAAAGAGAGGGCACUCAUCGCGUUUUUCUCCAAGCACAGUUGUCUGUGGAACCACAAGUCGGAGAGCUACAAGAACCGACAGCUACGAUGGAAAACCCUGGAACAUCUGAGGAUCCUUUUGUCUUCCCACCCCCCACCUGUUCCUUUCACUGUGGAAGACAUUAAGAACAAGUUCAAGAACCUUCGUACCACCUUUCAGCGUCAGUACAAAAUGGUGAAAGCGAGCAAGGUGUACAGGUCGGGUGAUGUGUUUGUGCCGCAGUGGAAGCACUACCAGCAGCUGAUGUUCCUGCAGGGCUGCUGGGAUCAGGACGGUGUUGAUGAGCUGCCACUGUCACCGCUGACUACUCCACAGGAGGAGAUCAAGUCUGUCCUUACAUCUCCAGGACUGAUCAUCCCCUUCCUCCCCAGCCUUAACACCUCCUCCACCUCGUCCUCUUCCAUCCCCACCAACAUGAUGAUUAAAUGUUACUGGACAGGAAAGAGAGAGCGUGACCUAAUAGCUUUCUACUCUGAGCACAGCUGUCUAUGGAACAAGAAGUCCGAAAACCACAACAACCGUCAGCUCAGACUGAGGCUGCUAGAGACUCUGAGGAGCCAGUUGUCUGACCACGCAGUAUCUUUCUCAGUUGAAGACAUAAAGUGCAAGUUUAAGAACCUUCGGACAGUUUUUAACCGUGAAUAUAAGGCAGUCCAGGCCAGCAGGGCAUCCGACAAACUCUAUGUGUCCAAAUGGAAACACUACGAGCAGCUGCUUUUCCUCUGCGAGGCCUGUGAUGAAGAUGACAGCACAGAUGACCUGCAGGUACUGAUGCAGCAGGAUGACAAUGAUCUGGAGCAUGGAAAUCAAGCGCCUUCCUCCACUCUGAGCAGCUUCUCCUCCUGCUCCGCCCAAGCCAGUAUCAUCAAGUUCAGUAUCACCUCAGCUCCCUCCAGCUGUAGUCAGAGUGACACCAAAACCAGCAGCAGUGCUGCAUACCAAACCUUAGACUCUGCAUCUCUGGAUAAUCUCAGACUACCAAGUCAGACAGCUCCCCCCACAUUCUCAGCUUCUCGAUCUACAUCACCACUGGACACCAAGACUUUUGCAAACCCCUCCCCUGUAAAUUUCUCUGUAUCUGCUCAGUCAGACAGCAGGCAGAACACAGACACCCGCUGCCACUGGAGUGAGGCCAAAGUCCAGCAGCUCAUAUCAUUUUACUCUGAGCACAACUGUCUGUGGAACCACAAGUCGGAGAGCUACAGAAACCGUCAGCUGAGACGGAGCCUGUUGGAGACGCUCAGCACCCUCCUGUCUGACAAUGAGCCAGUCCCAUUCACAGUGGAAGACAUAAAGAUAAAGUUCAGGAACUUGCGAACCAUCUUCCAGCGUGAGCACAAGGUGGUGAGCUCAAACAAAACAUGUGGAUCAGAGGAUUUUUACCUCCCAAAGUGGAGACACUACCGUGAGCUAAUGUUUCUCUGUGAUUCCUGUGAUGAGGACGAGCGACCUGAAGCCCUCCAUAUCCACAUGCCACAGGAGUCCAGCCUCCUCCACCUGAACAGCCAAGCCCCUUCCUCUUCCCUGCACUACUGCACCGACAGUCAGGCCACUACCAAACUGAACGUCACUCCACAGAGCCUUGAUGCCCCACCCUCGCCUACUCCCCCAGACUCCCAGCACUCAUCCCCCUCUUCCUCCCCAUCCCCUUCCACAUCCUCUUCUCACACUGACAGAGUGUCGGGACGCAAGCGAGCGAUCCACCAGGCACUGCUAACCAACCAUGAAAUGCUAAAUUUCAUGAGGACAAUCUGUCAAGACCAAACAGUGUCACCGCAUGCCGGGUUCCUGAAGUAUGUGGAGGAGUGUCUGAACGAGACCCCGCCAGAAAAAGUGAAAAAACUGAAGAAGAUGAUCAUUGAGACCAUCCACAGUGUGCCAGAGUACCUUUCUGUCCUUUGGAUUUUGUCUGCCAGGACAUUUUGGGAAGAGGCAGAAAAGAUAAUGUAUUGAUAAAUGCAAAAUGUGACAAAGUGCAAGAGGGUAGUGGAUGAAAAAAUGCAGUAAUUUGCCUUUUCUUUUGCCAGUUUUCUGGAAAUUGGGUUGACAUAUGCACUACAUGUGGAUGGAAAGCUGGCUUGUGGUUCUUGAACUGAAGCCCAGUGAGAUGGGGUUACCAGUUUUGUGAAUUGGCAAUCAUAAAGAAUGCUCUUUGAUGAUAUGCAUCUAGCUCUGGCCAGUAUGUAGUGCACACAGCUCGUAACACUAAUCAUGUAUACAGAGCCUUGGUAGGAAUGAUGGGCAAACUAUGAAAAUAAGUCACAAGUUGAAACAAAAGUAUACAGCAAUACUGCCUGCCCUGUGAAGCUCUACUGACCAUUACACAGCCGAGAAAAAAAAA